CUUGCGUGGACCAAGUCUGAUCUGUUCUCAUGUUCCCCGCAGCCCAUGUCCAUGUCCAUGUGCAUGUGCUGAAGCGGUAGAUAUGGAGAGAUAGCCCAGCAGUGGAGAUAAAGAAGCAGCGAAACGUCCCAUUCGAUUCGAAGCCUAAACAUCAUCCGAUAAUUUGUUCCUUCAUCUUCACACUCGCUCCGCUCCUUCCUUUCAAGUCUCGACUCGUUGUAUAAAUAUCCCCCAAGCACCCUUACGACUUCCCUUCUUCUCGCCAUGACCCUCCACUCCUCAACGUCUUCUUCUUCUUCACCAACCACCACCCUGUCGUCUCAAACAACAACAACAACAACAACUACUGCCAACAUGGUCGGAUCUAUCUCAAACAACACCUUCCCCGCCAACGUCGGCAUCCUCGCCCUCGAGUUCUACUUCCCCUCCAAGUUUGUGGAUCAGAGCGAGCUCGAGCAGUUCGAUGGCGUCUCUGCCGGAAAGUACACCAUCGGCUUGGGUCAGACCCAGAUGGCUGUCUGCGAUGAUCGCGAGGACAUCAACUCCAUCUCCCUCACUGUCGUACAAAACCUCGUUGAGAAGCACAGCAUUUCGUUCAAGGACAUUGGUUAUCUCGAGGUCGGCACAGAGUCCAUCAUCGACAAGUCCAAGUCCGUCAAGACCGUUCUCAUGUCCCUCUUUGAAGAAUCCGGCAACCACGACGUCGAGGGCAUUGAUACCAAGAACGCCUGCUACGGAGGCACCGCCUCGGUCUUCAACGCCGUCAACUGGAUCGAAUCCUCCUCCUGGGACGGUCGUCUCGCCCUCGUCGUCGCUGCCGACAUUGCCUCCUAUGCCGAAGGUCCCGCACGCCCUACCGGUGGUGCCGGAGCCGUCGCCAUCCUUAUUGGCCCCAACGCCCCCGUUGUCUUUGACCAGGGCGUGCGCUCGACUCACAUGAACCAUCUCUGGGACUUUUACAAGCCCGAGCUCGCGUCCGAGUACCCAACCGUCGACGGACACUUCUCCAACACCUGCUACAUCCGCUCCGUCGAUGCCUGCUACUCCCUCUUCACCAAAAAAUUCUCGAAGCGUUACAGCCCCAACCCAGAGCAGCUCCUCAAGAGCCAGGACCUCGAUCUCUUGGCCUUCCAUGCGCCUAACUGCAAACUCGUCCAGAAGGCCUAUGGCCGCCUGGCUUACAACGAUAUGCUCCAGGACCCAGAGAACGAGGCCUAUGCGCCCGUGAAGGAGUACGCCAAGUUCGGACAUUCGGAGGAGUCUUAUUACGAUAAGGGACUGGAGCGUGCCAUGAUGCAGUUCACCAAGGCCGAUUACCAGAAGAAGGUUAUCCCCUCGCUCUAUGCCUCGACCAACGUCGGAAACAUGUACACGGCUUCGGUUUGGGCCUGUCUCUCGAGCUUGUUGUCCUCGACCCCCGAUGAGGAGACCCUGAACAAGCGCAUCGGUAUGUUCUCUUACGGCUCUGGAUCGGCGGCGACCUUCUUCUCGCUCAAGGUCGUAAGUUCGACUCAAACGUUCAGGGAUACUCUCCAGAUCAAGGAUCGUCUCGAGAAGCGUGUCAAGGUCACGCCCCAAGUCUUUGCUGAGCACUUGAAAUUGCGCGAGGAGACCGCGCUCCUGAAGGAUUACAACCCCAUCGGUGACAUCUCGACCUUGGUCAAGGGCACAUACUACCUCCAGCGCAUCGACGAAAAGUUCCGCAGGACCUAUGGUCGCGCUUAAGCCUAUGUUUAUUUUUUUUUUGUUUAGAAUCCAACCCUUACCCUGUAUCAUAAUAAAUAUGCUCCUCCACUCUCGUAAUACCAACU